AUGGUUUUAAUAAAGAGCUUCGUGCUCGCCGGGUUAGCUGCUGCUGUAGCAGCUAAGUCAGCAGUCCUUGAUCUCAUCCCCUCCAACUUCGAUAAGGUUGUGCUUAAGUCCGGAAAACCUACUCUUGUCGAGUUCUUUGCCCCCUGGUGUGGUCACUGCAAGAACCUCGCUCCCGUAUACGAAGAGUUAGCCCAGGCUUUCGCUACUUCUAAGGAUGUUCAGAUUGCCAAGGUAGACGCCGACGCCGAGAGAUCCCUAGGCCAGAAGUACGGUGUUCAAGGAUUCCCUACUCUCAAGUGGUUCGAUGGCAAGAGUGACAAGCCCGUCGACUAUCAGGGCGGCCGGGAUCUCGAGAGUCUGACGAAGUUCAUCACCGACAAGACUGGCGUCAAGGCUAAGAAGAAGCUGGAGAUGCCUAGUCAGGUAAACAUGUUGACGGAUGCUACGUUCAAGGAGAUCAUUGGAGGCGAUAAGAACGUGCUUGUUGCCUUCACUGCUCCCUGGUGCGGUCACUGCAAGGCUUUAGCUCCUACCUGGGAGACACUGGCCGAGGACUUCAUCAACGAACCCCACGUUGUCAUCGCUAAGGUGGAUGCCGAAGCUGAGAACAGCAAGGCGACUGCCAACGAGCAAGGUGUUGCCUCUUACCCGACUAUUAAGUUCUUCCCCAAGGGUUCCACCGAAGGAGAGGCCUACUCCGGCGGCCGAAGCGAGAAGGACCUCGUUGACUUCCUUAACGAGAAGACCGGUACUCACCGUGUUCCCGGCGGUGGCCUCGAUGCGACCGGAGGUACUAUCGACGUUUUGAACCAUAUCGCGUUAAAAUAUGCUGCUGGCAGCGACAAGUUGGCCGACCUGCUCGCAGAGGCUAAGAAGGUCGCCGAAGGCCUAGCCGAGGACGCCCAGUACAAGUAUGCGCAAUACUAUAUCAGAGUGCUCGACAAGCUGUCACAGAACGAGGGCUACGUCGCGAAGGAGUCGGCUCGCCUUGAUGGUAUUAUCAAGAAGGGUGGCCUGGCCCCUUCCAAGCUAGAUGAGCUCCAGAGCAAGACCAACAUCUUGAAGCAAUUCAUCAAGAAGGUCGAGGAGGCUGUCACGAGUGAUGAUGAGAAGGAAGAGCUAUAG